UUAUCGGUUCUGUCAAUGCGCAGACGGACAUUGUAUGCGUUGGACUGGUGUUUUUGGACUGUGUUUGCCGCGUGUCGGGGGGAGGAGCCGGGUCAGCUGCAGAAAAGUGGGAUGGGAUACUGGCGCGAGACGAGCGGCCAGGGAGCGCCGCGAGUGCGGUGGGCGGGGACACGGCCCCGAGAGAUUAUAUAAAGGCCGUCGGCUGCAGCUAACCGGAGUCAGAGAGAAGGGGGAGUGGGUGUCUUUGUGUGAGAACGACCGCGGCUCUCCGAGCAGUGGGUGCAGAACGGCGUUAAGGCUGGAGUUACACGGCUAGCGACGGGGAGUCCCGUUUAAACAUCCUACCCUGCUACUUGCCCAGGAGUUGCCGGAGGACCCUCCGCCGGGUUUCUUUCCCCGGACGGCUGACAGAUCCGUUGCGAGCUCACCUUGAUCGGGGAAACCCUCCAAAAUGGUGCAGAAUAAAAUCACCGACAUCACCGGAUUCCACCGCUCCUUUAAGGGUCAGAACCCAUUUGAGUCCGAUGACUUCACAAAAACUGGUUCCCAUCUCCUCGAAUCAGCCUUUAACUUUGACUGCCCUGCAAGACCUGCUAUGCCAGCCAGCCAGCCUAUUGACAUCCCAGAUGCAAAGAAGAGGAACAAGAAGAAAAAGAGGGGCAGGGCAACCGACAGCUUCUCUGGACGAUUUGAAGAUGUGUACAGGCUGCAGGAGGAAGUUCUGGGAGAAGGAGCCUAUGCCAGGGUUCAGACCUGUGUCAACCUAAUCACCAACAAGGAAUAUGCUGUCAAGAUCAUCGAGAAAAGACCAGGCCAUAGCCGCAGCCGGGUUUUCAGAGAGGUGGAGAUGCUGUACCAGUGCCAAGGCCACAGAAAUAUCUUGGAACUUGUGGAGUUCUUUGAGGAGGAAGAUAAGUUCUAUCUGGUGUUUGAGAAGCUGAGGGGAGGCUCUGUAUUGGCCCACAUCCACAAGAGACGGCACUUCAAUGAGCAGGAAGCCAGCAUUGUGGUACAGGACAUUGCCAGUGCGCUCAACUUCCUGCACAACAAAGGAAUGGCUCACAGAGACCUCAAGCCAGAGAACAUCCUUUGUGAGCAUAGUGACAAGAUUUCACCAGUCAAGAUCUGUGAUUUUGAUCUGGGCAGUGGGAUCAAGCUGAACAGCGACAGCUCUCCUAUCUCCACACCUGAGCUCCUCACACCGUGUGGCUCUGCGGAGUACAUGGCUCCUGAGGUGGUGGAGGCCUUCAACGAGGAGGCCAGCAUCUAUGACAAGCGCUGCGAUCUGUGGAGCCUGGGGGUCAUCCUCUAUAUCAUGCUCAGCGGGUACCCGCCAUUUGUGGGCCAUUGCGGCAGCAACUGCGGCUGGGAGUGGGGCGAGCCGUGCCACGCCUGUCAGAACAUGCUGUUCGAGAGCAUCCAGGAGGGAAAGUACGAGUUUCCCGAGAAGGACUGGGCCCACAUCUCUGACGGUGCCAAAGAUCUAAUCUCCAAGUUGCUGGUGCGGGAUGCCAAGAACCGUCUGAGUGCCGCCCAGGUUCUUGAACAUCCGUGGGUGCAGGGGUGUGCAUCAAACAGCUUGCCGACCUCAAACUUGAUCCAGAGGAACAGUAGUGCCAAGGACUUGACGCGGUUUGCUGGCAAAGCCGUAGCAGUGAACCGGCACCUGGCUGAGCAGGAGGAAAAUGACAAGCAGCAGCAGAAUGCCCCAGUGGUGAUCACUGCUGGCUCUUGUUCUGUGCGCCUCUCACCCCCCUCCAACUCCAAACUGGCCAAGCGGCGGCAGAGGAGCAGCCUGCUGAAGGGGCAGCCAGUCUCUGCUUCAGAGCUCCAUCAGCACUUGGCCCCCUUGGUGGUUGUGGGGGACUGUGCCUGAAGCCACAUCUCGUCCAUGUCUCUGCUCCCUUGGCCAAAUGGAUGGAAGCUGUAUGGCCCCCUCUAAAGCCCCACCCACUACCCCCCAGGCACCUGGACUUGCCUCCUUUUACUACAGCACUUAAAGCACAUCAGCUCUGUUCUGCAUUGGGGAGAACAAUUCAAGUUCAGACCACAGGUUUUCGGAUUUGGUGAAUGGGGGUUAGUGGGAGGCUUUUUUUUU